AUGGCUGACACCGAGGAGCUCGUCGACUACGAGGAGGAGGAGGUCCUGGAGCCGGAGACGGCCAAGGGCGAGACGGUGAAGAAGGGGUAUGUCGGCAUCCACUCCUCGGGCUUCAAGGAUUUCCUCCUGAAGCCCGAGCUCCUGCGCGCCAUCCAGGACUGCGGUUUCGAGCACCCCUCCGAGGUCCAGCACGAGUGCAUCCCCCAGGCCAUCCUGGGCAUGGACGUCAUCUGCCAGGCCAAGUCCGGCAUGGGCAAGACCGCGGUGUUUGUCAUCUCCACGCUGCAGCAGCUGGAGCCCGUGGACGGGCAGGUGUCGGUGCUGGUGCUGUGCCACACGCGCGAGCUGGCCUUCCAGAUCACGCACGAGUUUGAGCGCUUCACCACCUACCUCAAGUCGGUGCGGCUGGCCAACUUCUUCGGGGGCCUGCCCAUCAAGGCCCACCGCGACCUGCUCAAGGACGGCGAGAAGGCGCCGCACAUCCUCAUCGGCACCCCUGGCCGCAUCAAGGCCCUGGCCGACGAGGGCAGCCUGGACCUGUCCCGCGUGCGCCACUUUGUGGUGGACGAGUGCGACAAGUGCCUGGAGUCGGUGGACAUGCGGGCAGACGUGCAGGCCAUCUUCAAGCGCACGCCCCACGACAAGCAGGUCAUGAUGUUCAGCGCCACGCUGUCGGCCGAGGUGCGGCCCGUGUGCAAGCGCUUCAUGCGCGACCCCAUGGAGAUCUACGUGGACGACGAGGCCAAGCUGACCCUGCAUGGCCUGGUGCAGCACUACGUCAUGCUGAACGAGGACGCCAAGAACCGGAAGCUGAAUGACCUGCUGGACGCGCUGGACUUCAACCAGGUGGUCAUCUUCGUCAAGUCCGUCGCGCGCGCGCGCGAGCUGAACAAGCUCCUCUGCCAGUGCAACUUCCCCUCCACCACCAUCCACGCGGGUAUGGACCAGGCCGCGCGCCUGGCCGUGUACAAGGAGUUCAAGGAGGGUGCCAAGCGCAUCCUGGUCGCCACCGAUCUGCGUGUGAACAUCGUGAUCAACUACGACAUGCCGGAGACAGACGACAAGCACGGCAACGGCGCCGACACCUACCUCCACCGCGUGGGGCGGGCGGGGCGCUUCGGCACCAAGGGCCUGGCGGUAACCUUUGUGGCCAGCCCCGCCGACAGUGAGGUGCUGAACCAGGUGCAGGAGCGGUUUGACGUCGACAUCAAGCCCCUGCCGGACUCGGUGGACGCCAGCACGUACAUGAACACGGCGUGA